AUGGCCGAGAGCCGAAAAGUUUCGGCCGCGGUCAUUGUUUCAAUAAUUUGCAAGAGAAGGAAGAAGAAGAGAAAGGUGAAGGAAGUGUGGGAGAGGGAAUGGCUAAGAAGAAGAACGGAGCGAGGGGUUUUUAGGCAGUUGUUAGAGGAGUUAAGGCUGGAGGACGAGUGUAAUUACAGGCGAUACUUACGGAUGGACACGGAAACAUUUCAGAUUCAGUCUGAAAUGAAAGGCAUUGAUGCAAAGGUCUGGGGAAUAAACCAUAUAAAUUCUAUAUUUGGUAUUGAGAACCUUCUUGAAAAAGUGACACCGUUAAUUGAAAAGAAAGAGACCAACAUGAGACAGCCAAUACCACCUGGAGAACGUCUGGCAGUGACCUUGAGGUUUUUGGCUACUGGAGAGAAAUUUUCCAGUCUUCAGUACCAGUUCAGAAUCAGUGUGCCAUCCCUGUCAGUCAUUAUUCCAGAAGUGUGUCAAGCCAUCUUUCAGGUCCUUAAGGACGAUUACUUCAAAUGCCCAAGUACUCCAGAGGAGUGGUUACCAAUAGCACAGCUGUUUCAUGACCGUUGGCAGUUGCCGCAUUGCAUUGGUGCUGCUGAUGGAAAACAUGUACGUAUCCUCCAUCCACGCAACUCUGGUUCUGAAUUCUACAAUUACAAGGGUUUCUUCAGUGUUGUGUUGCUUGCAGUUGUAGAUGCAGAUUACAAAUUUAUAUUUGCUGAUGUGGGCUGUCAAGGCAGAAUAAGUGAUGGUGGUGUACUCAGAAACAGCCUGUUUUGGAAAGCUCUGGUCAAUGACUCUCUUGGCUUACCCCAGCCGAGAUUGCUUCCUGAGUCAGCAGACAAAUCUUUUGAUGGCAGCUACACCCAAAAUCCAUUGCCUUUUUAUCUAGCUGGAGAUGAUGCUUUUCCACUAGAGAAUAACAUCAUGAAGCCUUAUUCACAGAGAAAUCUUUCAGAUGAGAAAAGGAUCUUCAACUACAGGCUUUCCAGAGCACGACGGAUCAGUGAGAAUGUUUUUGGCAUUUUGACAAGCAGGUUCGGGGUAUUUUCAACUGUUAUAUGUACAAAGCCAGAGAGUGCUGUCAAUAUUGUCCUUUGUGCAAUAGCUCUGCACAACUUUUUAAGAUCAAGAGUUCCAGAAAGGUACAUCCCCACUGGGGCCCUUGACAUGGAGAACUCCAAUGGUGUGGUAAAUGAAGGUUCCUGGAGGCAUGACGUUGCUACAAUCCCAUUUGCAAAUGUCCCAAAUUCUCGAAAGGGAAGGCAACCAAGGAAGGCAGAGGAAAUGAGGGACCAGUUAUGCAACUACCUCAAUGGUCCAGGCCAAGUUCCAUGGCAGUGGAAUGUCUUAAUUUAA